ACGCUCUCAUUAACUCAGUUCUCUUUGAGUUGUUGAAUUCGAUUGUCGUCUUUAAAUUGUGAGCCGUUGUAUACGUACGGUUUAUUUUCUAAAUACAAAGUGUUGCCUGUUUUAUUUUUGUGAACGGAAAUAAAACGUAGUGGCAUCUGUUGCUAACCUUUCUAUUAGCAAUGAAUUGCGGGUUAAAUUUGAGUGAUUUGGAAUGCAAUGCUGCCUACAGCAAAUAACAAGAAAAGCAAUUGAAAACAAUGAGAAAAAAACUGCAUCUGCUCUAAGGCACACUAUUUAAGAUUGUUUUAAAGUAACUAGUGAUGAAGUUGAUACAAAAUUUUAAAUAAAAAUAUUUAUGUGGAUUCAGUGCUUAUUUUGCUGUACAUUACGUACUCCCGCGAUAAACAUGUAUGCAUUUAGUUUUUCUAUGCUUAUUUGGGUAUUAUAUUCCUUCGCGGCGGAAUAAUAAAGGUGUAGUGCUGCAUUCUUCGUGGUCACGACGUGCGCACAUUGGAAUUUUUGUUAACACUACCAACAACUUGCUAGCAAAACCUUCCCCCUAUGCCGUUGGUAACGUGAAUUUUGUUGUGUUUUGAUUUUCAUCUACCUAUUUGUCUUCCGUUUGGCUCCCCAUCAAUAUUCGUUUAUAACUUUCCUGCCAUACCGUGCUCUUUACAAAUAGUUUCAUGCAGGAAACCGGUUAUUGCUCCCCGAACAAAUAGUGCAAGCAUUUAACAUACAUACUUUCAUAUGUGGUGUACAUACAUACAUACAAUUGUAAGAGGGGUUUAAUGUUUGCUGUUCUGGAAAGCGGAGACAUAAAGUAAUGGACAGACAGAGAGAAGUGAUAACAAAAAUAAGUUAAGAUAGUUUGGAGCCAAAUACUUUACAAAGAAUGAAAAACUAUCAUACUAACUAACUACUAUACAAAAUACCUGAAAUGAAGGCAUAACAAAAGCGAGAAAAUUAAAAGAACAACAAGCACAAGCUUACAUUGUUGUUCAUAACAAUAACGACAGAGGAUAUAAAAACAACAACAAAACAACCAACUGCAACAAUUGUGUCAACAGCAAGUGUAAUAUUUUUUUUUUUGGGCGACAGCUGUUGUUGAUACUCGCAAAUAAAAACAACAACAAAAGUACAAAAAUAUAUACUUACGUACUGCUAUAUCGUACUCAGUCAUCCGUGAGUAAGGCGCGCAUGAAAAUCCGUUGGAAAUUCAAUGAAACGAGAAGUUGCGCGGUUAAUUCGAAAGGUUAAUUGAUUUUUAAUUUAAAAGGAAAGUUAGCAGCUCUUGGUAGCUCAAUCAUUCACAUACAUACAUAUGUACAUACAGACAUAUUGAAUGUGUAGUUUUAUUUUUGAGGUGGUUUUGUGAAUUUAAGGUUUUAAGUACAUAAAUCUACACAAACAACUGCUAGUGUUUAUCAAAAAUAACAACUGGAAUUAUGAGUUGCUCACCAACUGUUGAUUUCUGAUGCCAUUUGCCGCCAACUUAAAACAAAAAUUACUUGUAUGCAGCACAGGUCAGCUUUAUAUGCCUCAAUCUCUAAAUGAUCGCUAAUAGUGGCGUCAAAUUCUACCGAAACAUAUUCAAAAAUUUAAAAGCCCAAGUUUUUGGUACUAAAUGUAUUUAUGCUACUGAAGAAAAGCUUUUACAAAAAUUUUGUAAUUGAAAAUUUAGAAUGCGAACACCAAUAAAUGCAACAUGAUGAAAAACAACAAUAAAGCAUAAAUAACGGCUAUUAAAAGUGUAAUGAAAGUGAGCAACCUGCAAAAAGAGCCCAGUUAUUGAGAGGUAGAGCGAGGCCGAGCGAAGCCCAUUAGGAGACAAAAAACUAUUAGCGAUUAUUAUGCCGUUAAUAUGAAUAAAAGUAAAAACAAUUUUCAAUUUCCCCUACCAAACAAAAUUACAAGCGGAAAUCGUAAAGAUUGAAACUUCAAGCGCGCUGGUCUGAGAAAGCUAUGAAAAGUAAUUAUAAAACAACAACAAGCACAUAAUAAAAAUAGCAUUAACAGCGGAUAUAUUAGUAAUAACAAAUAAAUACUAAUAAUAACAACAUUGCAUCGCUUAUCAGCAAUCGAAUUAAUAACGAAGAUAACAACAACAACUUAACAACCACACCACCAUGGACAUCACCAGAGCGGCUAUAAAACAAAAUAGCAUUGGAAGUGCAGCCAGCGGCAUACCGGCGUCGCGCGAUGAAGUUGACUUUGUUGUUGCGUCCGCCAAUAAUAAUAAUAAUAACAACAACAAUAAUAUUAUUAACAACAAAAUCAUGAGUAAUGGCAGCAGUGGUCUCAAAGAGACUGAAAAUGCGGCGAGUGCAUUGAAUUCAAAUUCGAAUACGACUUCGAAAAUGUUUGCGAACUCAAAAACACUAAAAAAUGAGCAUUUACAAUACCAGCAACAACACACACAGCAGCACAAGGAAACGACAAAGAGCAAGAAAAAAGUUGUGGCACACAGCAACCCCAACAACAACAGCACAAAUGAAGAACCAAAGAAGAAGAGUUCAACUAUGGAGCGUCUAUCAUUAUUUUCCACACUAGGUCGCCGCUUCAGUCAGAAGGCAUUGGGACAGAAAGAUUCCAACGCAAAUACGUCAGUUUGUGUUGCAACACCACAGACACCAGCACAGACUGAAAAAUCUGCAGGCACGGCAAAUGCGUCAACAACAACCGCAACUGCGACAGCAACAAAAACUCAAUCCGUCACACCGCCCCGUCAACGGACAUUUGUCAAGAGCUCUUCAAUUGCUCGCCUUUUAGGCAACACUUAUCAACAUCAUGCAAAGAAAUUUGAGAAAAACCACCAUCCGAGCAAAGAGAAUAGCAACAAAUCCCAAUUGGAUGGCAAAUUCCAUACGUACGGUGGCAGACGACGUCCUAGUGGACCCUACUUAGACCGCUUUAAGCGUUAUUCUAAAGAUGAUGGGGAUGUUAGCUCCAGCAACAAUGAUGCUGGCGACGAGGAACCAACAAUGGAUUUCACCGAAGUUCUAGCGCUGGAAGCUGACAUCGCCGAUGAACUGCAAAACGCCGCAAAUGGAUUGGAACGUUUCUGUGAUCAUAGCACAGUGGCGGCUGGUGAUAACGAGGCAGCUGCGGAAUUGGGCAGUAAGACGAUGCGUACGCUGUCGCGUAGUCUAGGACGAUUGUGGGGCAAGCGGUUGCAUAGUGUGGAUAUAAGUACGCCAGAUCCCGAGUACAAGGUGUCAUAUUUGGGCAAUGUGUUAACUGGCUGGGCCAAAGGUGAGGGUUGCGUUGAAAAGCAACUUAACACACUCUGGCGCAACUAUACACAGAACAAUAAACCCGACAUGAUCAUGCGCAUCAAGGUUUGCGCUAGUGGCCUGAAAGCCACCACACGCCAACACGGACUCACCGAGUACUGGGCCAAUCGCAUCACACACUGUUGUGCACCAAAGAACUAUCCACGAAUUUUCUGCUGGGUCUACCGGCACGAAGGACGUAAACUGAAACACGAACUGCGCUGUCAUGCGGUGCUCUGCAGCAAGGAAAAAAUGGUGCAGGAUAUUUGCAAUACGCUAAAGGAAAAUCUUGAGCGCGCACUGCGCGAAUUUAAACGCGAGAAAAUUCUCAAGCAGAAUGCGCGUCUUAGCCUGGCCAAUUCAGCUUACGAAAAUCCCAGUUUACCACGGCGCAAAAUACUACUUAGCGUGGGUGGUAACAACUAUCGACCACCGUUGGAGCGUUCUAAGUCGGCUCCGAAAUUAAUGGCUAUCGAGGAGGCAAUCGGCGAAGAAGAGGGCGAGGAUGCUGAAGAGACCAAUGAGCCAGAAAUGAAAUCAUGCUGUCAGAAAGAUUCACUCUACCCCGCCAUGACGUUGGGGCGCCGUCGCUGUCGACGCGGCCACUCUAUAAGGCGUACUGGCAAUGCACGGCCGCUUUGCAGCAUUUCGCUCGACGAAUCACAACACCGUAAGCAGCUGUUGGCCACUGGCAAGAAUACCAACGACACAUGCUGUCACAACAAGCUAGCCACCAAAGAUUACGCCAAUAAACAAAAUGCUGCGCCGGCGUGCGCUGAAUUAACGGAGGAGCAACGCAAUAGCUAUGGCUCCGAUGACUCAGAUGACUUUGAGAAACUGCUCAAGUACAAUGAUUACGAUUCGAGUGCUUCCUUAACAACAGAACUGUUGCCUUACUUCGAUAUGCAACUGCACAAGAACACCAGCAGUAGCUUGAGCGAUUUGUGCGCACUGAAGGACGAAGAGGAACCGCUUAGCAUGCUGCCAACCAUCAACAGUGAUCCGAUGGCGCAUCCCGAGGGUGAUCUAUUGCCCAACGACCGUGCUGCUGCUGAGGAGGAGGACGAAGAGGAAACGCGUGUAGGCUUGCGUCGCAAUGGUGUCUGCAGUGACGGCGAGGAAGACUACCUGGAUGCCGAGGACAUGUACUUUCGGCAAGCGACUAUUUUGAAUAUUUUGCACCGCAAUUCGAUGCGCAAAAUGGCACAUCUUUCAUUGAGCAGCGACGAAAGUAGCAGCAUAGAAACGAAUGCAUCAGCGCCACUACAAUACCGCCAUCAAAUGCAGUCAUCCAUAUCCUCCAAUGCCUCCUCGAACACAACCACCAGUAGCUCGUUGCAAGAUGGCCAAGGCGGCAUGACUACGGGCAAACGACAUAGCGCCGCCGACAGUGAUGAGGGUUCCAUAUCGAGUGGCUGUGAAACAGCCAGCACAGUGACCGCCAAUCAAGAUGACCUUUCACUGCAAUAUCGCCACGAUAAACAACUGGUGCAACAGCAAGCGGCGCUGCUUGGCGUGGAUGAUGUACAAUUCUUCAAUAUCCACAUCGACGAACAGUCACCCAUCACAGUCGAUGAAAUCUACCAAAGACUAGAGUCGCGGCUGCAGCGACGCCAAAAUAGCGAUGCCACCACUUUCAGCAGUUCCAGCACAAUCACACUGAAAAUGGGCACGGGCAGUGAGGGCUCGCUGAAUGACUCACCAAAUGAAACAAUCAAACAAAAGUCCACAAUUGAAGAGCAUGUAACCAAUUUAGCCAAUGGCACAUCGCGCGUGCGACGUCAACGUCAGCGUCAGUUGGUGACAUCAGCAGCGCCCUCACGCGAUUGCCCCGCAGACGAUACCGACUCAGAGUGCAGCGACGAAUCAGGCUAUGUGGAGUAUCAGGAGCGCGAAAAGACUGUUAGAGAGAAGGUGUGCGAGGUAGAGAGGCGUCAACUACAACAACAACAACAACAACAGCAGCAGCAACAUCCUGUGGCACAACAGCGCAUGUAUAAGCCACAAUUGCCGCCAAAACCGACGCCACGUCAUACGCUGACCAAUGGUGGCAGUGCUGCUGGUGUCACCUCGACGAUGUUGGUAGGCAACCUGCGCGCAGGCAACAGCACAGCAGUGUGAGUGGCGCAGCCGUACAUAUGUAUGGUAGUGUAACUUCAUCCAGUGAGAAUUUUGCGUGGUGCAAGGAGUGCGUGUGGGAGCUUAGAGCCCAAGCGAAUGUUUUACGGCUACUAAGUCGAUGAGCGAUAUCGGAGCUCUGUAAGCAUUUGUGAGUCGCAGUACAGAAACUGGUCCUAUAUGAAGAUAUUUUGUACUAUAUAUAAUAACUUGUUAUAUGAGCCUCAGCCGCUUUUAAGUUUCCUUAUUUCAGGAUAGAUUCCCAACAAUUUGUCAGAACUAUUUGGUUUCGGUUUACUUUGGUUUGGCACAUCAAUUAUUCUAUUUUUGAUACAUAUAAUAUAUAUUAUAUACAUAAAAUACAUUGAUUGAGGAUAAAAUUUGGCUGUAACGGAUUUAUGUAAUAAUUUGUAGCCAAAAGUUUACAGUUUUUCGUGGAUGGUUAAGUAGUAUCUAGCAUUUUUUUAACGAAAGCACGCGGAAUUGCUCUGAGGUAUAUUCAACACGAAGUUUUCCAAGUAACAGCUCCAUUAAAUAUAUAUGUAUGUGGGGAAGAGCUCAAAUUUCAAACACAGUUUUUUCGAAAGUAUUCAAGGAGUGGCUUUGCUGGGUUCGUUCGUUCAAAAAGUGAAUGGGGUCGUGAUAAGCAAAAUUUUGACGCCAUAAAUGAUCUUUACGUCUAAUUUAGCAACCAAAUAAUGUUUUGAACUUUUUUCCCACUAUUCUAAAAAACUGUUGUAUGCUUAAAAUUUUGUCUUGCAUAAUUCGAACCUGAGUGUGAUGUUACAAUAACACAAGCAAAAAAUUUUGGGACUUUUAGUAUCCAAAAUUCCUUAAUAAAACUCUUUUUCGCUAAACGAAACCCUCUUACAAAUCAAAGUUUGCUUGCUCUAAAACCUCGAACACCUUUUGCAAACUUGCGGGUUGACUCGGUUGUCAGAUGCUGGGAACUCAGUUGCAUAAAAGGAUAUUCCUACCUAAAUGAAAGGCAAAAUAAUGAUAUUUGCAAUGAUAGCUGAGCUCUACGUAGUUCAAAAAGCCGGUCAUCAAACUCGUAUGUCUUUGUGAGUGUAUAGCCGCGAUAUAUUCUGCAUGCAAAGCUAUUGCGGACAGAAAUUCCUUAAAAUUAUAGAAAGUAUUUCUUCUUACACCAGUCGCCUCUCGAGAAACUCUAACCGCAUUUGUAAAUACAAUAAAAAGGUUAAUCAUGUGAAGCUGUUCAUUUAUGGGGUGACUUCACAUUCGAGCAGUAGCUCAACCCGUAAAUCCAAACAUUGUGUCCGCACUAUUAGUUGUAGUUAUUACUCUCUUCGGGAUAAUUUCAAUAAGGAAUUAAGAGCUAUAGUUGAGAAAAAUAUUUUUUAAAGGAAGGCACUCAAUUUUUUUCACAUACUUCAUUUAUUUCUUGAAAUUUUAGUGUGUUAAAAAAUCUGUAAAGUUCAGUUGUGCUCUUGAAUAUUUAAUUUUCAGGGCAGAAUUAUUUCAGCAGUCUGAGUCAAGCUUACCUGAAUUUAAGUCGUAUAUCAGAGCUGCUAAUUUCAAUACUAAUUCAAUUCAAAAAACAAAGUAGUGAAAACUUUUUGAAAGGCUGUUCAGCUUUACUCUAAAACUGCAUGCCAGGUGCGCCCUAAUUAAAAAAAUUAUAAAAGUACUAGUAAAAUUUUAUAUGAAUUUUUCAACAAAUCUAAACAAAAUUUUAACUAGAAAAAUGUUUCUCCUUAAUAUUUCUAAUAAAACUCACACGCACUUGAAUGCUUCUUAGUAACUUUAUUGUUGUAAAUAUGCAUAUUAGUAGAAAUAUUAGUACACAUAUAUACAUAUGUAAAGAAAAAAGUAUGAGGUAGAAACAUUAAAACUAAGAGAAAAUGCGCCACGAACAUUUUAUUAUUAGGAAAAAGAGGAACUAUUUGAAGUAGAUACGUAACCAAAUAUACAACAAAAAAUGGAAAACCAGGCGAAAUGGCAGGCAGAUAUAUUUUUAUAUAAACGAUUACGGUGCGGCCUCGAUAUAAUGAACCUAAAUUUGAAGAAAAGUCCGUGCAAAGUAAUAUUUGCUUUUUACUGAAGAAAUUUUUGGCAUAGAAAAUCUCUAUGGAGCGAAAUUUUAUUAAUGAAUUUAAAGUAAAACGUUUGAGUUUUAUUCUAAAUAUAGAUUUGAUGCGAUAAGCUGCUUCAACAGCCGCAUAACGACUUGUUUUCUCUAUACCCUCUAUAUAUUGAAUUAUGAACGAACUUAGGUACACAUUUUAAAAAUGAUACAAUCUUAUGGCACAAUUAAAUAUAAAUAUAAAAAUAAAAAUUUAAUUUAAUUAAAAAUUAAAAUUAAAAUAAAAACAAAAACAAAAUUAUACAAACAUAAAUAUACUAAAAUAUAAAUAAAAUACAAAAUAAAAUUUAACAUGAAAGUGAAAGUGAAAGUGAAAAUAGAGUAAAAUUAAAAGUGAAAAUAAAUAUGAAAAUAAAAGUAAAGAUAUACAGUUAAUAUAUAAAAAUAAAAGCAAAAAUACAAAUAAAAAAACAAUAAAACCAAAGCAAUAUUAAAGAUAAAAAUUAAUAUAAAAAUGAAAAUAAAAUAAAAUUUAAAAUAAAAUAAAAAUAAAAGUGAAAAUCAAAUUGAAAGUAAAAAUAUAAAUAACAAUAAAAAACAUAAAUGUAAAACAAAUAUAAAAUAAAAAUAAAAGUAAAAACAAAUAUACAAAAAAUAUAAAACAAAAAUAAAAGUGGAAAUAAAAUCAAAAAUCUAAGUAAAAAUAAAUAUAAAAAUAAAAAUUAAAGUAAAGCCGUAAAUAAUAAUAAAACUUAAAAUUAAAAUACAAAUAACAGUAAAAAAUAUAAAUAUAAAUAAAAUCAAAAUAAAAUUAAAAACAAAAAAGAAUAUAAAAAUAAAAGUAAAGGUGCAAGUAAAAAUAUAAGUAUAUGUAAAAAUGGUAAAUACAAACAAUUAAAUAUAAAUAAAUGUAAAAUCAAAAAUCAAAAUAAAAUUGAAAGUAAAAAUAAAUAUAAAUAUAAAAAUGAAAAUGAAAAGAGAAAUAAGAAUUCAAAUAAAAUAAAAUUAAAAUUAAAAAUAAAUAUUAAGAUGUAAAAAAAAAAUAAAAGAAUAAACAGUAAAAAAAUAUAAAUUUAAAUUAAAAUAUAAAUAUAAAUAAAACGAAGCAUAAAAAUAAAAGUGAGAAUAAAAUAAAAUUCAAAGUAAAACUUAAUGUAAAAAUAAAGGUAAAAGAAGAAAUAAAAUCAAAAAUCAACAUUUUUUUUUUUUAUUAUUUCCCUUUUUAAAUUACAAUCUGUUAAAUUUUAACAAUAAGUAAUUAUUUUUAAAGUAGUGUUGGAAUUCUUUGUUCUCUAACCAAUGCUAGAUAAACAUUCAAUUUUGCUUCAGAUUAUGCUACAUUAUAUUAUUUUCUGUGUUAUAAUUAUUAAUUAUUAUUAUUAUUAUUUUUGUUUUUGUUUAUUGUUUUGUUAAAUUGUCGUUUUAAUCUUCGUUUUCCCGCUUUCUCCGAUUGUGGUAGCUUGCGCAUUUGUUCAUUUUGAUGAUUUGUUAGUCGUAUCAACAUAAAAUUAAAAGUAAAAAUAAAUAUUAUAACAAAAAUUAUAGUAAAAAUAUAAAUAAACUGUAAAAAAGAUUAAUAUGAAUACACAUAUAAAUAAAAAUAAAAAAGUUAAAGUAAAAAUAUAAAAAUAAAAGGAAAGUAUAAAUAUAAAUGGCAAUAAAAAAAUAAAAAAUAAAUAAAAUCAAAAAUUUAAAUUUAAAUAAAUUAAAAUUCCAAAUAAAAUUAAAAGUAAAAAUAAAUAUUAAAGCAAAAAUUAUAGUAAAAAUAUAAAAAAAGAUAAAUAUGAGUACUAAUAUUAAUAAAAAUAAAAAAGUUUAAGUAAAAAUAUGAAUGCAAAUAUAAAAAUAAAAUAAAAGUAUAAAUAUAAAUUGCAGUAAAAAAAUCAAAAAUUAAAAUUUAAAUAAAUUAAAAUUCCAAAUAAAAAGUAAAAAUAUAGAAACAAAAAUAAAAUAAAAAUAAAAUUAGAAAUUAAAUCAAAAACCAAAUAAAUUUAAAAAUAAACACCAAAAUAAGAGUACAAAUAUAAACAAAAUUAAAAGAAACAAACUACAUUUUUGCAAUUGAUUUUCCUAAAAUUUCUUCACAUUCCUUAUGCUGAAAAUUUUUUUAACAAUAUAUUGAAUAAAUAUAACGAAAGUAUAGUUAAAAUGUAUUCCUAUUUCUAUUUCUUCUGUUUUUUUCAAAUUUAUUAUAUCGAGGCUUCACUAUAAUUCACCCAAAAACUGUCAUAAACAACACUAAUUUGUACAAAUUACUUUUUUAUAUAAAAUUACUUAGACAAAUAUAAACAUUAUAAAUAAAUUAUGUAUAAACAUUCA